AUGACUCUGUGCUUUCAUUCACAGGAGGAAACCGAGUGUCCUUCAUCUCUCUCUGUUAUCAAAGAGAGGACAGCAGGUGAAACUCUGGAGGAUGAUUUCUUCCCACCUGAUGAUCUGUCUUCUGAUGAAGAAUAUUAUAUUGAAGAAAGCAAAGCGACCCAGUUCAAGAAAUCAGGCAUGAGGCGCAUAGAUGAUAUCAAAAAGGCAUUUUCAAGGGAAAAUAUCCAAAAGACAAGACAAAAUUUUGGCAAGAAGGUCAACAGGCUUCGAACUAGAAUAGUGACCCCUGAGAGGAGAGAGAGGAUCAGGCAGUCAGGAGAGAGACUGAAACAAUCUGGGAUAAGGAUCAAGAAAACCAUUUCACAAGCUGCCCCAACGAAGGAGACCUUCAAGAUCCACAAAAAAAAUAAAGAACGAACAGGAGCCGAAGGCCAGGAGGGGAUCCAGGGAGCCGAUGUGCACAUCCCCUCUGAGCUCGCAGCAGCAGAGCCCUUCACUGAAGAAAUCUCUUACACAGAAGUGAUCACCAAGGUAAAGAAAGACAAGAAUAGUGCAACAAAAGGUGCUUCCCAGUCAACUGAAAAAGGGGUGAAAAUCCCAGAAGUCGUUCUCAAGCAGGAAGGAAAAGAAGGAGGAGGAGGUGAUGAUGUCCCGUUGCUGGACUUAAAGCAAUCGGCAUAA